AUGGCUCCUAAAAAGAAGGGCGGCAAGAAACAGGCCGACGACUGGGAAGCCGACCUGGGUGAGACGGUUGAGCCUGCUGCACAGGCACCCGCGGACGCAGGACAAGACGCUGCUGAAGAAGAGGUGAACGGUGGCGGUCUUCUGGCUGCCCUGCGGAAAAACAAGGAUAAACGUGCAAAGAAAGGGAAGCUUGCUUCAAAUGACUUUGUCGAAGGCGAAGAUCCAGACAGCAUUGACUCCACCCCGCGUGCGGACGACCUCGACACCAAAGCACCUGCCGAAGCUACCUUCGACGGCGAGGAAAAUGACGAUGUCUUCGCAGCCAAUGUGAAGAAGGGCAAGGGAAGCAAGAAACAGCUGGAGGCGGCUGCCGCUGAAGCAGAUGCCGCUGACAGUGCCGACGGCGGUGGGGUGAAAUCGAAAAAGGAAAAAGAGCGGGAGAAAAAGGAACGAGAGAAACAGAGAAAGAGAGAACAGGCCGCAAAGAAAAAGUCAACUACUCCCGCACCUGCUACAGCCCCUGCUCCCAAGGCCGAGCAGCAGAAACCCGUUGCCGUGGAAGAGCAAAAACCCCAAGCCCCUGCACCUGUUCCAGAGACAGAAGAGAAGGGAGGCAAAAAGAAAAAGAUCCCUGCUCAUCUGGCCGCCAUCCAGAGACAGCAAGAGGCCCUUGCCCGCCAACGAGAGGAACAAGCCCGGUUAGAAGCUGAAGCCCAGGCCGCUGAAGAAGAACGGCUCCGUAGAGAUGCUGAGGAAGAGAGAAAGAAGGCCGAAGCAAGACAGCGUAAGAAGGAAAAGGAGAAGGAAAAGAAAGAGCAACUCAGGAAGGAAGGCAAACUCAUGUCGGAGGCUGACAAAAAACGGAGGCAACAGCAAGAACUUCGACUGAAACAGAUGCUGGAAUCAGGUGUCAAGGUUGCCGGCCUGACUGAAGGUGCCGAGGAAAAGAAGAAGCCGGCUUACGACAAGAAGCGAAAAGGUCCGAAGAAAGAGGAUGUCGAUCUUGAAGCGGCUGCACAAAAGGCAAAAGCCGAGGCCGAAGCGGCUGCGGCGGAGCGCCAGCGGCUCGCCAAGGAGGCAGAAGAAGCGGCGGCAGCGGGCGCCACGGCAGAGGCGGCGAAGGGCUACGAGUCCUCAGGAGUGGAUGACUGGGAAAAGGCUGCUGAGGAAGAAAUCAAGGACAGUUGGGACGCAGAUUCAGACGAGGAGCCAGCUGUCAAUGGCCACGCGGCACAAGACAAGUCCAAGCCAAACGGGGCUGCGGCAUCGUCGACUUUGCCCGUCCGAGAUUCCAAACCCCCGUCGAAGGAGACCCCCAUUGAAUCCGAUACCGAGUCGGGGGACUCAUCCUCGGACGAAGACCGCACCGCUACCCAGCGAGCACUGGCUAAGAGGAAGGCUGAAGCAGCUGCCAGAAGACAAAAGGCUCACGAGGAAGCGCUGGCAGCACGGUCCAAAGACAAUCUCCGAUCUCCGAUCUGCUGUAUCCUGGGUCACGUCGACACGGGUAAGACUAAACUGCUGGACAAGAUCAGACAGACGAACGUCCAAGAAGGCGAAGCGGGUGGUAUCACGCAGCAGAUCGGGGCCACUUACUUCCCUGUCGAGGCUCUGCAGCAGAAGACGGCCGUGGUGAACGCGGAUGGCAAGUUCGAAUUCAAAGUGCCGGGGUUGUUGGUCAUCGACACCCCCGGUCACGAGUCCUUCUCCAACCUCCGGUCUCGUGGCUCCUCGCUCUGCAACAUUGCCAUUCUGGUGGUGGACAUCAUGCACGGCCUCGAGCCUCAAACAUUGGAGUCGAUGCAACUCCUUCGAGAUCGUAAGACGCCUUUCAUUGUGGCCCUCAACAAAAUCGACCGUCUGUACGGCUGGAAGAAGAUUGACAACAACGGCUUCCAGGAGAGCUUGGCGCUGCAGAACAAGGGCGUGCUGAACGAGUUUCACGAUCGAGUGGAGAAGACGAAGCUCGCGUUCGCGGAGAAGGGUUUCAACGCCGAGCUGUAUUAUGAAAACAAGGACAUGAGACGAUUUGUCUCGCUCGUCCCGACCUCGGCUCACACUGGCGAGGGAAUCCCGGACAUGCUGAAACUCCUGGUGUCGCUUGCCCAAGAGCGGAUGACUUCCAGUCUGAUGUACCUGUCCGAGGUGGAAUGCACGGUGCUUGAAGUCAAGGUGAUUGAAGGUCUCGGCACCACCAUCGACGUGAUUCUCUCCAAUGGUGUCCUUCGUGAAGGGGACCGCAUAGUCCUGUGUGGCCUCAACGGCGCCAUUGCGACCAACAUUCGAGCUCUUCUGACCCCCGCGCCGCUCAAGGAGCUCCGGCUCAAGUCGCAGUACGUGCACAAUAAGGAGGUCAAGGCGGCGCUCGGAGUCAAGAUCGCGGCCAACGACCUGGAAGGCGCCAUUGCCGGUUCUCGUCUGCUUGUUGUCGGACCGGAAGACGACGAGGACGACUUGUGUGAAGAAGUGAUGGCGGAUCUGCAGCAGCUCCUCAGCAAGGUGUCCAAAGACAAUCGCGGGGUCAGCGUCCAGGCGUCCACCUUGGGCUCUCUGGAGGCGUUGUUGGAAUUCUUGAAGCAGAUGAAAAUCCCAGUGGCCAACAUUUCGAUCGGACCAGUGUACAAGCGCGAUGUCAUGAUGGCCGGGACCAUGCUGGAGAAGGCGAAGCAAUAUGCCGUCAUGCUGUGCUUCGAUGUCAAAGUGGACAAAGAAGCCCUGCAGUACGCGGAGGAGAACGGGAUCAAGAUUUUCACGGCCGACAUCAUCUACCACUUGUUCGACGACUUCACCCGACACAUGGCCCAGAUCCAGGAACAGAAGAAGGAAGAGAGCAAGCUGAAUGCCGUGUUCCCGUGCGUGCUCAACACCCUCCAGGUGUUCAACAAAAAGGACCCGAUCGUGAUUGGAGUGGAUGUGAUCGAGGGUAGUCUCCGACCGCUGACCCCAAUCGCGACGGUGAAGACGAAUCCGGUGACCGGGGUCAAGGAGAUCAUCAGCCUGGGCCGAGUCACAUCCAUUGAACGCGAGCACAAGGCCGUGCCCGUGUGCAAGAAAGGCCAGCCAUCGGUUGCGGUCAAGAUCGAAGGACCGAACCAGCCCCUUUACGGCCGACAGCUUGAGGACAAGGACCCGUUGUAUUCGCUGAUAUCGCGACAGUCGAUUGACACGCUCAAAGAGUUCUACCGAGACGAGGUGACGCGGGACGAAUGGUCGUUGAUCAGGAAACUCAAGCCACUGUUCGACAUUCCUUAG